ACCCACCUGCUCUGUCACGUGCUGCCUUGUGUCUUAAAACACGAACAUCCGAUCUGUAUUUCACACAUUUAGUGGUCUUUAUCCCAACGAAACAGAUUGUUUUAAUAUGUUAAUUGGGUCACAUCUGUUACCUAUAAGAACUGCUCCAUUCGAUUUUAUACAAAGGAAUGUAAGAUCAACUUUUUCCAGGUUUUCCUUAAGAGAUCAGCAUCUUGACUCAGAGUAUCUUUGCACUCUGUGUAACGCCCACUCCCUUCCGCGCAUGCGCCGUGACCCAGAAGCAGCGACAAGCGAAGGAACCAUGGCGUCCUCGGCUACCCGGUGCUCCUCACGCUGGAUCACAUUUUUCGUGUCCUCUGGAAGUUGCAAGACCGCCGCUGCGGUUGUCUGCGCUGGCCAUGGAGGUGUCCGCAGUAUGUCUACCGUGGGAGCGGAAAGGUUGCUGUGGGGAGGCAACCGGUUGUGUGGUGGAACGGGUAAAGCGUUGACAUUGAGGGGGCUGUCAGGUGUCAAAUCGCCACAGGCGGCCUUCGCACUGUCCUUUCACACAAGUGCCGCUGAUCGCAGCAAGCAGGACUUCUACCAGAUCCUUGGCGUCCCUCGCACGGCCACCCAGAAGGAGGUCAAGAAAGCGUACUACCAGAUGGCCAAAAAGUAUCACCCCGACACCAACAAAGAGGACCCGCAAGCCAAGGAGAAAUUUGCUCAGCUGGCUGAAGCUUACGAGGUCCUGAGCGACGAGGCAAAGAGGAAGCAGUACGACGCCUACGGCUCGGCGGGCUUUGGCGGCGGUCAGGCUGGCGGAGGGCAGCGCUACUGGUCCGGACAGGCCAGCCACGUGGACCCCGAGGAGCUCUUCCGCAAGAUCUUCGGGGAGUUCUCUGGAGGCCGCGGCUUCGGGGACUUCAACGCCAUCUUUGAGCAGCCGCAGGAGUACUUCAUGGAGCUGACCUUCACUCAGGCAGCAAAGGGAGUCAACAAAGAGUUUUCUGUCAACGUAGAGGCAGCGUGCCAACGCUGCGACGGUAAAGGCAGCGAGCCGGGCACCAAAGUCCAGCACUGCCACUCCUGCAACGGCUCCGGCAUGGAGACCGUGAACACGGGCCCGUUCGUGAUGCGCUCCACGUGCCGUCGCUGCGCGGGCAAAGGCACCGUCAUUGCCACUCCCUGUCACUCGUGCCGCGGGGCGGGACAGACCAAGCAGAAGAAGACCGUGACGGUUCCCGUGCCCGCAGGAGUGGAGGAUGGUCAGACAGUCCGAAUGCCAGUCGGUAAGAAGGAAAUCUUCAUCACUUUUAGGGUCCAAAAAAGUCCCGUCUUCAGGAGGGACGGCGCGGACAUCCACUCGGACCUUUUCGUCUCUGUGGCACAAGCGAUCCUGGGCGGCUCGGCGAAGACGCAGGGCCUUUAUGAGACACUCAACCUAACAAUAGCUGCCGGCAUCCAGACGGACCAGAGGAUCCGUCUGUCGGGGAAGGGAAUCGCCCGCAUCACUGGCUAUGGCUACGGAGACCAUUACGUCCAUGUCAAAGUAAAAAUACCCAAGACGCUGACGGACCGACAGAGAGCUCUGCUAACGAGCUACGCCGAGGACGAGACGGAAGUCGAGGGGACGGUCAACGGGGUCACCAACACCACCACAGGUGGGGGCGGCAGUGGUAAGCGUUCUGAGGCAGGGCAAAGCGGGCAUGACCAGCAGGAAGCAGAGUUGAAACAAGAGGGGGGCAUCUUCACCAAAUUAAAGAAAUUGUUUAGUUCUUCCUGACAGCCACAAACCAGGCAAACGGUCGUCUUGGAACUGAGAAGCUUCAUCAGCGGGCAGAAGGACGCGCAGCCAGUCUUCAGUAGGGGACAGGGGGGGUGGAGGAGGCCUUUCAGCGGCCACGCACGGACCCGCUGACCACCGCCCCGCAGCGAACACGACGGAGGAUCAACCCCCAUGUUCCUUUUUUACCAGAAUGAAUCCAAACACAAGAGGAUGUUCCAGCGCACCAUUCACCCCUCCAUGUUGGUUUUCUGUUGAUGGCGGAAUUCAUGCGCACAGAAAUAAAUUAUUGUGUUGAAAAAGUC